CUCCCAUCAGCUGUUUUUGUUUUUGCCGUGUGAAUAUUGAAAGUUAAUAACACUAUAAUAACACUGUCGAGUGACUAAAGUGGAACGGCUCGAUAGGGAGGUGUUAUCGUCUGUCAUUUGUGUUGUUCAGAUUCGGGAUUGUCCGCUCGGUGUGUGAUGUGUGCCACCUGAGCCAGCCUGCCCAGUCCUCCUCCUCAAGAGUGUGAGCGUGGCGCUUGGAGUCGGGGAGCAGAGGAGGGGAAGCGGGGAUCGACCCGAGCCCAAGGCCUCCGAUCUCGGCCAGCGAGAGGAGAGCGAAUUUGGCGGCUCGGAUGGAGUCCCAGGACGCACCGGACGGCCCCGGAGUGCACCGAGGCUUCAUCUGUGCCUCGUUUAACCAGGACACCACUUCCCUGUCAGUGGGCACGAAGACUGGCUACCGGCUCUUCUCAGUCACUGCUGUGGACAAACUGGACUGCAUCCAUGAGGGAGUUGAGUGUCCGGACGUGUACAUAGUGGAGCGGCUGUUCUCCAGCAGUCUGGUGGUGGUGGUCAGUCUGACCAUGCCACGACGAAUGAACGUCUACCACUUCAAGAAGGGUACAGAGAUCUGUAACUACAGCUACUCCAACAACAUCCUCUCCGUCAGGCUCAACAGACAGAGGCUGGUGGUGUGCCUGGAGGAGUCAAUCUACAUCCACAAUAUAAAAGACAUGAAACUACUAAAGACCCUGCUCAACACACCCACCAACCCCUCAGGUCUCUGCGCCCUCUCCAUCAACCACAGCAACUCCUAUCUGGCGUACCCUGGCAGUGCCACCAUUGGAGAGAUCACAAUCUAUGAUGCCAACAACCUGAGCACUGUGACGCUGAUUCAAGCCCAUGACAGUCCCUUGGCAGCCCUCACCUUCAAUGCCUCUGGCACUAAACUGGCCAGCGCUUCAGAGAAGGGUACUGUUAUCAGAGUCUUUAGCACUCCUGAAGGACAGAGACUGUUCGAAUUCCGGCGAGGGAUGAAGAGAUAUGUUAGUAUCAGUUCAUUGUCCUUCAGUGCAGAUGCCCAGUUCCUGUGCGCCUCCAGCAACACUGAGACAGUCCAUAUCUUUAAAUUGGAGCAGCACAGCCCCAGUCACGAGGAGGAGUCUCCUACAUGGUCAGCAUAUGUGGGCAAAAUGUUCACAGCAGCCAGCACCUACUUGCCUACCCAGGUGUCCGACAUGAUGCAUCAGGACAGAGCCUUCGCAACUGUACGACUCAACAUGUUCGGCCUAAAGAACAUCUGCGCCCUGGCCACGAUUCAGAAGCUCCCUCGCCUGCUGGUGGCAUCCUCAGACGGGUAUCUCUACAUCUAUAAUGUGGAUCCACAGGAUGGAGGCGAGUGUGUCCUCGUCCAAAAACACAGGCUGUUUGACUCCAGUGAGGAGCAGGUGGAACAGAAGGAAGAGGAGAAACCAGAUGAUGUCGCUCCCCAACCGGCCAGCCAAUCAUACGCUGCCACUGUGGCACUCCCUUCAACCCCACCCUCCUCCACCACUCUCAUGGGCUACUCUGAAGACGGUGGAGCCCAGAAGGGUGAAGUUAUCCCCGAGCAUGAAUUUGCCGAGGGCCCCGUCUGUCUGGAUGACGAGAAUGAGUUUCCACCAGUCAGCAACCAGAGUAACUGACCAAAACCCCCCCCUGAACACUCCCAUCCCUGCGUAACAAUCAGACUCACUUGUUUCAAGCCGAGAGGAUGGACAAAAAUAUUCCUGACGUGUUGAGACAUUGUGGCACCCCCAUCCUCCCACAUGUAGCCCUGCUGGCCUAGGGUCAAAACAUACCAGAGUGCUACUUCCUAGUGUUUCUGUGUUCUGCAUCCCUCUCACUUUUUUAAGAAAUAAAGAUUUAAAAAAAAAAAAAAAAACCCACCACUAAAAAAAUGAGUG